AUGUACGCCAAAAUCGACGAUUUCUACGAUUUCUUCUCCAAUCUUGCCUCGGGGAACUACCAGACCCUCAUAUCAGAGGGGCUGGCCACCAAGUCCCCAGUGGCCACAUCAUCGAAGCGGGCAUCCAACCUCGACAUUAGCCCCUCUGCCGCACACCAACCCAUAAAUACUACACUCAGAAGCUGCAACACGUCCUCCGGGAUCACACGACGCGACGAAUACUCAUUCACUUUCAAACACAUGAUCCAUGACCUCUACGACAUCCAAGAUUUCGCAGCCAUGGCCGAAGACGUGGUGAGGACGUCCCGCAUGAAGUUCCAGCCGCUAUCGGAUGAAUUCAAAACAAGGAGAGAGACAGGAGCGGAACACCUGCGCGCUCUGAAGAAGCGUCGCACGGCGAGGAGGACAACCGUUAAUGAAUCAGUGCUCCAGGAUCGCGGUUGGUAUUACGAUGUGGCUGCACCGACCUCGCUUAUAGACGACGCUGCGUCGCCACCAUUCUCCGGUCGGAGUACUUUCAACAAUGCGUCCGCCACAUUGCGCUCGGCGAGGGAUGCGUCUGAAGGCAUGCGGGCGCUGUGUGAUGCGAUUCAGGACGUUGGCGGGGAUGAACGUUCUAUGGACCUGAAGCUAUCCCAGGCACUGCAACGGGUGGAAUUACAGGUCGCUCAAGGCGGCUCGGAAGCCUUGUCCACAUAUCAACGGGGGACCUUUUCUAGUUAUUGCGACCAAUCACCCUUCGAUGGCGAACCGAUGAAGGAAGAAAUACGCGUUACGGUGGGCGGUAGGUCUACGAUGAAGCGUCGCCGUGCAGACUAG